AUGACGAUCGUGCAUCGAAAGAACGCGUUCCUUGGCAAUGUUCAGUGCGUCGGGAUGAACGAGAGGUUAAAUAAAUACAUCGAAUGUCGGAAGGCAGUCUUCCACGGAAUGUCUAACGCUCAUCCGGACGAUUUCGACUACAGUUACUACGACUACGACCUUUCGUAUCGUUUUCAUAACGCCAGCCUGAGUUCAAACGUACCUUCGUGGCCCAGCUUCGCACGUAUCGUUCUCGUUAUCCUGCUGCGCAUUGGCUUUGUCCUAAUUCACGUUGGUAGCGUGCCAGUGAACAACGUGAAUUUGAUUCUACUGCAAAAUAUCAUUGACGUUUGUUGGGUAACGGUGGCGUUCAUCAUGAUUGGAUUUAUUAUUGCCUAUAACGGCGACGUGAGCGGAACGAUAGGCGAAGGAUAUUGGAUCGGUGAUGGAACCGUCGAUAAGGACGAAGCCAUAAUUGGCUGGUCGGCUGUGGUGAUAGCUGCUGCAAUUUGCACUUGCGGAAUCGUGGGCAGAACGCACACCGUCGGUUACCUUGUGAUAGGAUUCAUUCUGGCGGCUUUGAUGCAACCCCUCUUGAUUCACUGGAUCUGGACACCCAAAGGAUGGAUGAAAAGGAACGUAUUGAGCGGAAGAAACGUUAAGUUUCGGGACUAUGCCGGCUCGACGGUUGUUCACCUCGUUGGUGGCUUAUCGGGAUUGAUCGGUUGUAUGACACUUGGACGAAGAAUACUCCAGUUGAGUGCAAUAGACGACGCUAGCAUCGCUGCUGGUACGUCAGGAACCGUGUUCGCGGGUCAGUUAAUGGUAUUCAUUGGCCUUCAGAGUCUCGGUAUGCCGAACGAAAGAUUUAAAACUCGAAGUAAAAUUCAGUACAACGUCUACUUGAACAAUUUACUGGCUGCGUCUUCGUGCAGUUUGCUCGUUGUGGCCUUCCAUUUUGUGCUUACCGAAGAAGCGUUCAAUCAUUGGACAGUAAUGAGAUGCGUUCAAGCCACGGUAGCUGGGCUGGUAAUAGUAUCGGCCGGAACAGAUUUUUAUUCGCCUUUGGCCGCGAUCGGUUUGGGCUCAACCGGCAGCGUGAUUUUUUAUUUCAUUUCGAGGCUAGUGUUUCACAGUGCGCUCGAGGAUUAUUGCAACAUCGUUGCUAUUCAUCUCGUUUGCGCUCUUUUCGGAAGUAUUUUGGCGCCCCUCUUCGAUACCGGUCAAGACGCGGACGUUGUAUUAAUUUUAUUGAAUUUUUCUUGGCAAUUGAUCGGUUUGAUCGUGACAAUUUUUAUCGUUUCGAUUGUCAUGUGCAUUGCCUUUAUCGUAUUGAAAUUUCUGGAUUUAUUGAGAAACAGGACGGAACACUUGAAUCACUUAAGGGCGAGAAUAGCUAUGGAAAGAAACCCUCAGACGUCGUUUUUGCGGAGAAUCUUUUAUACUGACGACGAAUCAAUUUAUCUUCAACCGGGGUCGAUGUCGAAUUCUGGUCACCGACCACAAACUAGUUCCCAUGUUAUAAAAUAUCAAAAUGAGGGCGCUGCCGUGGAAAAGGGUAGAGUGAUCGAGGCAAGUGCAACAGGAAUUUGA